AUGGCCGGGCUCAGCGGCGCGCACAUCCCCGAUGGGGAGUUCACCGCGGUCGUGUACCGCCUCAUCCGCGACACCCGCUACGCCGAGGCGGUGCAGCUGCUGGGCGGCGAGCUCCAGCGGAGCCCGAGGAGCCGCGCCGGCCUGUCGCUGCUGGGCUACUGCUACUACCGCCUGCAGGAGUUCGCGCUGGCCGCCGAGUGCUAUGAGCAGCUGGGCCAGCUGCACCCCGAACUGGAGCAGUACCGCCUGUACCAGGCCCAGGCCCUGUACAAGGCCUGCCUCUACCCAGAGGCCACGCGGGUGGCCUUCCUCCUGCUGGACAACCCUACCUACCACGGCCGGGUCCUCCGCCUGCAGGCCGCCAUCAAGUACAGCGAGGGCGACCUGCCCGGGGCCAAGAGCCUGGUGGAGCAGCUGCUGAGUGGGGAAGGGGGCGACGACAGUGGGGGCGAGAACGAACUGGACGGCCAGGUCAACCUGGGUUGUUUGCUCUACAAGGAGGGACAGUAUGAAGCCUCGUGUGCCAAGUUCCUCGCGGCCCUCCAGGCUUCGGGCUACCGGCCUGACCUCUCCUACAACCUGGCUUUGGCCUAUUACAGCAGCCGGCACUACGCCCCGGCGCUCAAGUACAUCGCCGACAUCAUUGAGCGUGGUAUCCGCCAGCACCCGGAGCUAGGCGUGGGCAUGACCACCGAGGGCAUCGACGUGCGAAGUGUUGGCAACACCUUAGUUCUUCACCAGACUGCCCUGGUGGAAGCCUUCAACCUCAAGGCCGCCAUCGAGUACCAACUGCGAAACUACGAGGCGGCCCAGGAAGCCCUCACGGACAUGCCACCUAGGGCAGAAGAAGAGUUAGACCCCGUGACCCUGCACAACCAGGCACUCAUGAACAUGGAUGCCAGGCCUACCGAGGGGUUUGAAAAGCUGCAGUUUUUGCUCCAGCAGAACCCCUUUCCCCCAGAGACCUUUGGCAACCUGCUGCUGCUCUACUGUAAGUACGAGUAUUUUGACCUGGCAGCCGAUGUCCUGGCGGAGAAUGCCCAUUUGACCUACAGGCUGCUCACACCCUAUCUCUAUGACUUCCUGGACGCCAUGAUCACUUGCCAGACAGCCCCAGAAGAGGCUUUCAUUAAGCUGGACGGGCUGGCAGGGAUGCUGACUGAACAGCUCCGGAGACUCACCAAACAAGUACAGGAAGCAAGACACAAUAGAGAUGAUGAAGCUGUCAAAAAGGCAGUGAAUGAGUACGAUGACAUUCUGGAGAAGUACAUUCCCGUGUUGAUGGCCCAGGCAAAGAUCUACUGGAACCUUGAGAAUUAUGCAAUGGUGGAAAAGAUCUUCCGCAAGUCUGUGGAAUUCUGUAAUGACCAUGAUGUGUGGAAGCUGAACGUGGCUCAUGUCCUGUUCAUGCAGGAAAACAAAUACAAAGAAGCUAUCGGUUUCUACGAACCCAUCGUCAAGAAGCACUAUGACAACAUCCUGAAUGUCAGUGCUAUUGUGCUGGCUAACCUGUGUGUGUCAUACAUUAUGACAAGUCAGAAUGAAGAGGCCGAGGAGUUGAUGAGAAAGAUCGAGAAGGAGGAAGAGCAGCUGUCCUAUGAUGACCCAGACAAGAAAAUCUACCACCUCUGCAUUGUGAAUUUGGUGAUAGGGACGCUCUACUGUGCCAAAGGAAAUUAUGACUUUGGUAUUUCUCGGGUUAUCAAAAGCCUGGAACCUUAUCAUAAGAAACUGGGAACUGAUACCUGGUAUUAUGCUAAAAGAUGCUUCCUCUCCUUAUUAGAAAACAUGUCAAAACACACGAUCAUGCUUCGUGAUAGUGUUAUUCAAGAAUGUGUCCAGUUUCUACAACACUGUGAACUUUAUGGCAGGAACAUACCUGCCGUUAUUGAACAACCCCUGGAAGAAGAAAGAAUGCAUAGUGGAAAGAAUACAGUCACAUAUGAAUCCAGACAGUUAAAAGCUUUGAUUUAUGAGAUUAUAGGAUGGAAUAUAUAGUUAUGUCUGAUAAUGUCUUUUAUCAUAAUAGCUUUAUAUAUCUUUUAUAGUUGUAUCUAUAUUUAGCUAUCAUCUUUACAUUUGUCACAUGUUAAACUUUGUACAUUUGAAAAUCAUAUUAGAUUAACCUUAUUUUAACUUUGACCUAGAAAGAUACAUGAAAAAUUAUUAUUUUUACUUUAACUUUUUUACUUCUUUCAACUUUAACCUAGAAAGAUACAUGAAAAAUCUAAAACUGAAUUGGGACUCUGUGUUUAUUGGAACUUGUAGUGCCCAUGUUCCUUCUCCUUUUUUAUCAGUUGUGCUUGUCUGUAUUUAGAGUGACCCCUGUACGGGGAUUACAAUUUCCAGCACUAUCUUGACACGAUCAAGCCCAGAACAAAGUAGUUAACAUAGAGGAUUUCUAGGCUUUUAGUAUUAAGUUUUAGGGAUUGUGUGUUCUAUUCUCACAAGUUACCCUCGUAUUAAUUUAAAAUGCACACAUGUUGCAUAGAGUUUAGGAUGUUUUGGCAGGGUUUUUCUGUAACCAGAAUUCCUUAGGUGAUAAAAGUUCUUGUUUUCUUAAUGGACCAGAUUCAGUGGGAAAUCUUGUGCCCUUAACAAAAUUACGGUGCUAUGGUAUAAAGACAAUAAACAAUUGCUAAAAAAACAACUU